AUGGAUUUAAGAAAAGAUUUGUGCGAACUUCUCGAAAAGAAAUGUAUUGUGAGUAAUGCUCAGGAUGGCACCGUAGCUGGAGCUUGUUCCACAGAAAGCCCUGAGGUUGGAAAUGAAGAUUCUAACGUUAGGGAAACGAAGCGCUUCUUACGAUCAAGGAGAUUGCGCGCACGGAGUAGUAGCUAUGACAAUACAAGUGCCUCUGGUGACACGACUCGGAAACGGGCGUCAUUCCCGCGAAGUGCUGAAGAUGUGCAAAGUGGUGUGUCACAGAGUCGUUUCAGUCCGCAUGGUGACGAACCUCCUGAGGCUAAAAGAGUUAUGGAUUCGCGGUGUCACAUUGUUGGUAGUGAAUCGCUGCGUACCCUUCUUCAGAUGCAGAAUCCUAAUGUACUGGAUGCUGUGCGGUUUGUUCCAACGGUGACAGUUGGGAACGCAGCCAAAUCUUUAGCCGAGCUUGCUAUUGCCACUCCUGCCAGCUUUUCCUGCUUGCUACCAGCUGGUGAUCAACCUGUCACUCAAUUAAGGAGCAGUGUUAUUGUAAAACGUCGUACCGGUCCGAGUAUAGUCAAACCUGUGAAACCAACGAACAAACCAAUCGCAUCGGUGCGACCGCUGUCAUCAGAUCACUACAUCAAAUCGGCUACGGAAGUUGUACUCGACGAGGAUCACAAUCAUAUAAAUGCUCAUACUGUCGGUGAUAGCUCGCUCUCACCCGAAAAGAAAGAGUGUGCAAUUUCAUUCCACGAUAAUGAGAACAACAUGGAAGCGGUCGAUGAACGUUGGGUUAUUGAUCGCAUUGCCCAAUUACGGUUGGAAACCAAUUCUACUGCGCCUUCCCCUGAUGAUGAAGAUGCUGCAGCGAAUCAUUCCUCCGUAGCGAACAGUACUUCCACACCUUCCGUAUCUUCAGUUGCCAUUGAUGAACAUUGUGAUCAAUGUAGAAUACAUAAGUCGUGGCUUGUAGCAGCGAUGAUGGCGAGAGCGUGCAAACGAAUAAAAAUCAACUACAACACUGCUAGCACUGGAGUGGUUCCGUUGACACGAGAUCAGUGGAAGAAUCUCCUCAAGUUCAGACUAUCGUCGCGAAGUGUUGGGAAGUCUCCCUGUGUUCGGUGCGAAACCGCGCUCAGCAGAUGUUUGGCCAUAUUUAAGUCUAAGCAGCAGGCUGGUGAUGGCACACUAAAAGUUCCAUCCGAGUCUAUGUGA